GAGGUCGAUGGACGACUUCAUUUAUAAACAUCUUACAUAGCAAAUUCAUGGAGUGUAUUCAUUUAUCAUAUCAGCAGAAAUAGUUUCGUGCGAUGUGACCGGAUGUGAGCCCUUCGGGUCGCGUUUCUGCUUAGCCAGGACAUUUGCUGAUUGUUUUCUGACAUCUAGCACAUUUUUUGUGGCUGACAAACAUCCUGGGAUCAUCAGAGUAGAACUCAAGUGUUUUGGAAACCGCUGUCAAAUCGUGCUGUUGAUUCAACCGAUAAGAGGCUGGGCUUGUAAAGUGCUGACAGACAGCGCAUUGUUGUAGCGUUCCCUCCACGAGAGGCAAUCGCAUCACACGUCCAGUGCGGGCAUUUUAAACGAACAUGGCGCCCAAGACCAUCAUCUGGGCCAUCUUGUUUUUGGCAGUAUACGACAGUGUUGUUGUGGAAGGACAAGAAUCUACCACCGCAGCAAGGAACGACGCAAACAAUCCUACUACAAGGGGACCAGGCGUAUUGGAUGAUGGGGAGAGUAGAGUGGCUACGCUUGCACCUGAAGUCACCACCACUACCGCCCAGACCGACCCGUGCGACUCUAACCCAUGUCAACAUGGUGGGGAGUGCUUCAGUAACGACGCGGGCUAUCGGUGCUUUUGUCCAGAGGACUGGCAUGGAGACAACUGCGAGAAAAGAAAGCCGUGCGUCGUGAAUCCAUGUCAGAAUGAUGGAAUAUGCGAAGAGAAUGGCGAAGACUUCGCCUGCACAUGCCCCGAAGGAUGGAAGGGCGAAACGUGCGAAAUCGAGGUCGUGGAUCCAUGCCAGCCGAAUCCAUGUAAAAGAGGCAUAUGUAGUCCGGACCGCGUCAAUCCAGAGACAUUCUCCUGCAGCUGUCCCAGCGGAUGGACUGGUCGAACAUGCAACGCAGAUAUCGAUGAAUGCCGUAAUAAUCCAUGCGGAGGAGGGAAGAACAAGUGCUACAAUCGGCCCGGAACCUUUAUCUGUGUCUGUGCUACGGGAUAUGAGAGUAAAGGAACAACUUGUGUUGAUAUAAACGAAUGCAGGGGAAUACAUGACUGUGACCACACCUGUAAAAACACCAAAGGAGGCUACCGUUGCGAAUGCCGCGCUGGGUUCACCUUGGACAGAAACAAGAAGACCUGUACAGACAUUGACGAAUGCGACGACUGGACGUGGAACAAAGGACCCUGUGAAUACGAUUGUGAAAAUACCGCAGGCAGCUACAAGUGUUCAUGCAAUGAGGGAUACGAGGUGGACAAAGACGGCCAUAGUUGCGUCGAUGUGAACGAAUGCGGAUCCAGUAACGGAGGAUGUGAGCACUACUGUCAGAAUGACCGAGGGAGCUACAACUGCUAUUGUAGGAGAGGCUACAAUCUAGCAGCAAACAGGAAAAAAUGUAGGGAGAUCACAUGUCCGCGGGGAGAUGUGUUUGAGCCUACUCACGGGAGGUUUGAGAUGACCAACGGCAACAGGUACGAGUCCCGUCUUACCUACAUCUGUGACCAAGGAUACCAGAACACCGGGACCGAACAGCUCGUCUGCGGAGACGAUGGCAGGUGGCAGGCGAGAGAAGGGGGGCAUGUAACGCCACCUAGAUGCGUGGAUGUCAACGAAUGCGACCUUGCCAAUGGCGGGUGCGAACACACCUGCACAAACUUCGAGGGAGGGUCCGAAUGUUCCUGUCUGAAUGGCUACCAGCUGGAGGAGGAUGGAUACCAUUGUACAGAUAUCGACGAGUGUGCCGACGACAGCACAAACGAGUGUGAACACAGCUGCGUCAAUGUGGAGAGUUCGUUCUAUUGUACCUGUCCUGAAGGCUACCGGAUUGACCUGAUGGACGGGAAGUCUUGCAGACCAAUCAACUGUACAGGGUUAUACCACCCCACCCACGGAAGGGUGGCCGCUGUGGGCAGUGACACGGACUGUACCACCAGAGACGUGGUGAAGGGGACGAAGUGCCGGUACACCUGCGAGGACGGGUACGAACCAGUGGAACCCACCGCUCGCCGAGUCGUGGAGGGGGACAUCGUGAGGGAGUGUGGCACAACCGGGUCAUGGUCGGAGAAACGGAUAGAAUGCUCACCAAUGGAGUGUCCACUGCUGACGAUGCCAGACCAUGCCCAGGUCUACCCUAUGAGCUGCCGGGAACAGGCGAGGUUUGGGAAGCGGUGCACCGUGUCCUGUGGAACCAACUACCGGCUGAAGGGGGAGGCAGUCACCACAUGUACUAAUGUCGGCUCAGCUGGUGACGUCAUCAUAGACUGGAGCCCCAAGGACUGGACUUGUGUUGAAGACUUUCCAGAACCAUAUGUCAUCUGUCCUGAUGACGUCAACGUUCAACUAGGACCAGGCAAGAGUCACGUGGUUGUUAACCUGACGUCACCACAGUCCAACUACGAGACCACCAUUGAUGGGGACUAUGUCCUGGGUGAAAACAACUUCACCAUUGGGCAGACCAAGGUGGUCUACACCGCCCACGGGCACAACGACGAAACAGCUUCAUGCACCUUGAGGGUCCGCGUUCUUGACACGGAGCCGCCAACUGUACAGUUCUGCCCCAAGUCUCAAGUGAUUGAAACUGCUGAGAGAGCCCCUGUCGUCAGUUGGGAUGACCCCGUGUUUAUAGACAACGUUGGUAUAAAGAGCCUUACACACAUCGUGGAACCAAACAGGCCCUUCACUUGGGGGUUCUACUACGUCAAGUACACCGCCGGCGACGAGCACCGCAAUUUUGCUGAGUGUGUCUUCACUAUCCAUGUAAAGAAGAAGGAAUGCAAAGAGCUUGUGCCACCAGCCAACGGCGAUCUGAGCUGCGAUAGUUGGUUUCUGGGGAAGUUUUGCCAGUUGAGCUGCGACCCGGGAUUUGCACCGUUCGAAGAGGAUGCUGCCGACAUGUACACCUGUGACCAGGCCGGCGAAUGGAAACCGACGCCAAGGGUUCCUGACUGCGUCGAGGUUUCCGAACAAGUUGCAGCCGUUCUGGGGAAGAUGUGCCGACCUGGAUCGGUGACGAAGCAGAGGCGGGGCAAGACAGUUUGUGUCAGUUGCCCAUCGGGUACCUCCUGGGCCGUCACCACGGGCGGACCGAAGUGUGUGGACUGUCCGGUCGGUUCCUAUCAAAACCUGACGGGCCAGGUCUCUUGCAACAACUGCCCAAACGGGACUAACACCACUGAAGCUGGAGUCAAGAGAGAAGAAAACUGUUAUGGCAUGUGUCCUCCGGGCACUUCAUCAGACACGGGGCUGGGACCAGAGUGCAUGCCAUGCCGACAAGGCUUCUACCAACCGCUCGCUGGCCAAACCAGCUGCCUGUGGUGCCCGAAGAACACCAACACCACCAGCGAUGGGACUGUCUCAGAGGAAGAUUGUGUCGCUGCUCCGCGGGUCCUGUCUCACGGGCUGUUCAGACAAGUUCAAGUUGACGAUGGGCAGAAGGUGACCCUGGACUGCCAUGCGAGGGGACGGCCUCUCCCCUCCGUAACAUGGGUGAAAGAUGGAAGCGAAGACAUCUUAGACUUGGAAGAAGUUGAAGGAGAGGAUGAUCACGAGGACCACAAGAUCGUGAGGCUGACCAUUGCCGAGAUGCGGGCUGAGGAUGAGGGUCUCUACAAGUGUGUGGCGACAAACAUAGCAGGCAGCCAUGACAGGAAGGUCACCAUCAGCAUCGCAGAGGAGGACGAGGAGUAGUACAGCACAGAUUGCGAAGGACACGGCGAAAUAGACACAAGCAAUGAAGACGAAAUGUCGUUGAACUCAUUUACGUACAAAAAUGCAUGAAGGAUAUAGCAAAUAUUAAAACUACAAAAUGACUUCACGUCGACAGACUAGAACAAAAAGUUUAGACAUUGAUACAUUAUAGCUAGUAACCCAGAAAUGUAUGGAAAGAACAAUGAAUAUCAUCGUGUACAUAUGCCGAUUCUUUUAACAUGACAGUUAAUUGUCUAUAAAAAAAACAUUGCAUUGCAGGAAAAAAGUAAUCUGCUGGUAUAUCCAAUGUAAUAACCAUAAUUUCGAACAAAAUAACGCUGAUGAACAUGGAGAUAUCAAUAAACAGUUCCCGCACUGUUUUGAGCCACGAAGAGAAUAAACAAUGUAAUAAACUCGACAAAUUUGAUAGUCAAUCCU